UAAAAUGAUAUGAAUCUUUAAGAAAAUCACUUGACUUAUCACUAAGACUAAGAGAUGCUUUUUCAUGAUACUCAUAGAUUUGUCUCCUCUUCAUUGAAUCAUACACUCUUUAUGUAAACCAAAAACAACAACAACCUCAACACAAACCAAAAAUGACAAAAGAAUCUACACAAUCAUAUAUCAAAUUACAAAUCUUCAUUCUCUUUUUCACCUAUGCAAAUUCUCAAACUCAAUUAUUAUAUGAUCAAGAACAUGAAACCCUAAUGAAAAUAAAAAAUUAUUUUCAUAAUCCAUUUUUCCUAAGUCAUUGGACUUCAUCAAAUUCAUCUCAUUGUUCAUGGCCAGAAAUCAUUUGCAAAAAUGAUUCAAUCACUUCACUUUCUAUGAUUAACACAAACAUUACUCAAACAUUACCAAUUUUUCUAUGUGACCUAAAAAACCUAACUCACAUUGAUUUUCAACUUAAUUACAUUCCAAAAGAGUUUCCAAAAUCACUUUACAAUUGUUCAAAGCUUGAGUACCUUGAUCUCUCAAUGAAUUUUUUCGUCGGUAAGAUUCCCGAUGACAUCGAUCGGUUGUCGAAUUUGCGCCAUCUUAGCCUUGGUGGGAACAAUUUUUCAGGUGAUAUUCCAAUGAGUAUUGGAAAAUUGAAGAAACUGAAAAGUCUUGAACUUUAUCAGUGUCAAUUCAAUGGUACUAUUUCUGAUGAAAUUGGUAAUUUGGUAGAUCUUGAAACUUUAAAAAUGUUUUCAAAUAGUAUGCUUCCUAAUACAACUAAGUUUCCAUCUAGUAUUACCAAGUUGAAGAAAUUAAGGGUUUUUCAUAUGUAUGACUCUAACUUGUUUGGUGAAAUUCCUGAAACAAUUGGAGAAAUGAUGGAUUUGGAGUAUUUGGAUUUAUCAGGAAAUUUUUUGAGUGGAAAAAUUCCAAAUGGUUUGUUCAGUUUGAAGAAUCUUAGCAUACUUUAUCUUUACAAGAAUAAUCUUUCUGGAGAGAUACCUGAAGUGGUUGAAGCAUCUGAGUUAACGGUUUUCGAUCUUUCGAUGAAUAAUCUCACUGGAAAAAUACCAGAUGAUUUUGGAAAACUUGAAAAGCUAAACUAUUUCUGUUUGUUUAUGAAUCAACUAUCCGGAGAGGUACCGGAAAGUAUCGGUCGGCUGCCUGCUCUGACUGAUUUUAUCGUUUUUCAAAAUAAUUUAUCAGGUACUUUUUCUCAAGAUUUUGGUAGGUACUCAAAACUUGAAACUUUUCAGGUUGCAUCUAACAGUUUCACAGGAAAUUUGCCUCAUAAUUUGUGUUAUCAUGGAAAGUUUGUUGGUUUAACUGCUUAUGACAAUAGCCUAAGUGGCGAGUUGCCGAAAUCUUUAGGUAGUUGUAGCAGUUUACAGUAUCUGAGAGUUGAGAAUAAUGAGUUUUCUGGUAACAUUCCUAAUGGUUUAUGGACAUCUAUGAACUUGUCAGCAAUUAUGUUAAGUGAGAACAAGUUCACUGGUGAGCUUCCUGAAAGAUUGUCUCGGAAACUAUCGACAGUCGCCGUUAGUUACAAUCGGUUUUCUGGUAGAAUUCCGGAUGGAGUGUCGUCUUGGAAGAAUGUUGUGAAGUUCAAUGCUAGUCACAACUUUUUCAAUGGAAGUAUACCAUUGAAUUUAACAUCUCUUCCUCAGUUAACGACACUUCUACUUGAUCACAACCAGUUCACCGGUUCGCUUCCAUCAGAUAUAAUUUCAUGGAAGUCCUUAGUAACACUAAAUUUGAGCAAUAAUCAAUUGUCUGGAGAUAUACCCGAUGCAAUUUGUCAGUUACCUGCUCUUAACAUAUUGGACUUAUCAGAAAACAAAAUCUCUGGUCAAGUUCCACCUCAACUAGCUCCUCUGAGACUCACAAAUCUUAAUUUAUCUUCAAAUUAUUUGACAGGAAGGAUUCCGAGCGAUUUCGAAAACCUUGUGUAUGCCACAAGCUUUCUGAAUAAUUCGGGUCUAUGUGUUGAUACCUUGGUACUAAACCUUACUUUGUGUAAUUCUAGUCCUAAAAGGAGAACAAGUGAUUCAUCAAAAUCACUUACAAUGAUCAUAAUCCUUGUGAUAUUAGCUUCUUUAACCGCUCUCUUGUCGAUACUCUUGAUGGUGAGAUUUUACAGAAAAAGAAAGCAAGAUCUGAAAAGGUCAUGGAAGCUUACUUCCUUUCAGAGGCUGAGUUUCACAAAAUCAAACAUUGUGUCGUCGAUGAAAGAAAAUAAUAUCAUUGGUAGUGGUGGAUUUGGCGCUGUGUAUCGUGUCGCUGUCGAUGGUUUAGGCUAUGUUGCAGUGAAAAAGAUUUGGGGUAGCAGCAGAAAGUUAGAGCAGAAGCUUGUGGAUUCAUUUCUUGCAGAAGUUGAAAUACUGAGCAAUAUUCGGCAUAACAACAUUGUGAAGUUGAUGUGUUGUAUCUCAAGUGAUGAUUCUCUACUACUUGUAUAUGAGUAUAUGGAAAAUCAAAGCCUCGAUAGGUGGCUGCACAAGAAAAGUCAGCUGCUAUCAUCCACUGUGUCGGGUACAGUCCAUCAUAACAACAUCAUCGAUUGGCCGAAGAGAUUGCAUAUAGCCAUUGGAGCUGCACAAGGUUUGUGCUACAUGCACAACGAUUGCUCUCCACCUAUUGUUCAUCGAGACGUGAAAACAAGUAACAUUCUUUUGGAUUCUCAAUUCAAUGCAAAAGUUGCGGAUUUCGGUCUGGCCAAGAUAUUGAUCAAGCCGGAAGAACUUGCCACCAUGUCAGCUGUGGCUGGAACAUUUGGCUAUAUUGCUCCAGAAUAUGCUCAAACGAUACGAGUCAAUGAGAAGAUAGACGUUUAUAGCUUUGGAGUAGUCUUACUGGAACUGACAACCGGAAAAGAAGCUAAUCAUGGAGAUGAAUACUCGUCUCUUGCAGAAUGGGCGUGGCGCCACAUUCAAAUAGGAAGCAAUAUAGAAGAUCUUUUGGACGAUGAUGCCGCGGAACCGAGUAACUUGGAGGAAAUGUGCAGCAUCUUCAAACUUGGAGUUAUGUGCACUUCAACACUGCCAGCUAGCAGACCAUCAAUGAAGGAAGUCUUGAAGAUAUUGGUCAACUGCAAAGAUCCACACGCCAACGUGGAGAAGGUCGUCAGUAUCUAUGAUGCUGUUCCACUUCUUAAGAAUUUGAAAUGGGAAAAGCAGGUGGAAUAUUCAGCAUGACAGCUAUGCAGUCUGUAUUAAGUUUCUCCAAAGUUAGGGAGUGUACUUUAGAAAAUUAACUGUUAGAAUAUCAAUAGGAAUCCAACUUGGUACCCAAUAGAUAUCAAUAACUGUUGAUAAUGUGAUAAAGUACAUUAUAUAUUACAUGCACGUAGCAAUCUAGAUGCUAAUGUCGGAACUGUUAUAGUUCCUUUAUCUUCAAAGUUUGGGUAUCCUAUCCGGUAUUAAAUACAGAAAGGUGAAAAAUGAGACAAAAGGGUUAGUUUUGAAGUCAGAAUUGGAGACUUGUUUCGAAUUAGAUAAUAUUUUAGUUAGGAGUUGAGGUUUUCUAGUACUGAAGAGAUAAAUGCCCUUUUUAUUUUUGUUUGUAACAUUGUCAUUUCUUACGAAAGAUUUCUUUACGAAAUUAAAGAAUGCAUUAAAAUAAGGUAUAUUUAAUCAAUCAAA